ACCAAUCGAACUCACUCGAUAAAGGAUUAGCGCACCGAAAACAUACCAAAUGAGGGUAUUUACUAAGGCCUUUCGUAAUCCUCUAUAAGGUGGCUUUCCCAUUCGCAGUAGGCCCAACUUUGCUUAGCCCUUGAAUGCUGAUGCAAAUUUGAGCGUACUUACGCAGUUUCUAAGAUGAGCUACAUAAAUUUGUCGAGUGACGGUCCAACCAUUUAGAUAGUCUUGAAUUGGAGAGGAAGCAUUGCCGAAGCGCACGUCGCCCUCGUCACAGCUGAUUGUCAUUCCUUGUUUUUGGCGAGAUGAUUCUGUUACAGUUUAGGUUCAGAUCAUCUAAGAAAAGACUCGACCGCGAAGUUCGCAAGCUAGUGAAACAAAAGAAAAAUGAGAAAAUCAUAUCCAUCAUCAAAACAUACAAUUCGUCAGACUUGAUAGACUGCAAAGGCACGACGAUCUUCCACUUGGCCGCCCAGUACAGUAAUGUCGAUUUGAUUAAUAUCCUGUUGAGCUGCGGCUACGACAUAAACGUACGCGAUACGCAAGGAACGACGCCGCUACUGACGGCGAUCCACCACAACAACUUGGAAGUUGUAAAAUUAUUGCUCGACGCAAAAGCGGAUAUUUUCGUCCCUAAUGCAACCGGGCAGACACCGCUGCAACUGCUGGGCGAUAAGAAAAAUGAGUUACCAGCGAGCGUGACGGAAAACCUGUUGAACCGAUUGAAGAACUGCCGUGGAAACGCCAGAGACACGGCGCGAACGCUAGUGGACGCUCAUUGUUCGCUCGAAUUGGCGUUGAUGUUGGAGAGAGCAGACGUGACCGAAGCCAUGCUGCAACACACCGAAGAGCUGUCUGGACACCACACACGUGAUCUUUUACUCGCCGCGAUGAAUUCUACAUAUCUGGAGAACGUCCCGGUACUUUUACAGCAUGGCUCUAAGGCUGCCUUCAGGAAGGGCAAGUUUCUGGAAAUUCUCGCGGAGCGUAUCAAAGGUUCGGCGUUCGAACUGGAAUCUAUAAGGCCGUUUUUGCUCAAGCUACCCGAUUGGGAUGUCGUCGAUGCGAACUUCAUUGAGUUUCUGCAGAAGGUGUUCGAGAAGUUGGAGAAGCCAGUGCUGGACAAGCUGCUAGAGUGCAAAGUCGAUGAUUACGUGAGGCGCAAAUUUGAAAUGGAGCUGUUGGUGCAUGCGGUUGUGAAUCGUAACGACAACGUGAUCGAGCUGUUGCGCGAUGAGAAUUUCCACGUCGACGCGCGUGACCAGAGUGGACAAACUGGAUUGCACAUCGCGACGAUUCACGGGUACCCCGAUAGAGUGCAAUAUUUGUUAGACAGAGGCGCGAAUCCGAAUGUCCUUGAUAAAAGAGGCCAAUCGCCGUUGAUUUUAGCUUGGGAUACCAAGUGUAUUAAACUGCUAUUACGAGCUGGCGCUGACGUUCAAAUUAUCGAUCACAGUGGUCUCACAGUUUUCGAAAAGAGCAGUAAACUUUCCGAACCGAUAUGUCUUUUACUCGGCCAUCUGGCGAUCGUCGAAGAUUGCGGGGUUAAGAUUAAACGUAAGAUAUUCAAUCAAAUUAAUUAUCAUGAUGAUUUCAGACAAUGUUUUGAUAAGUGUAGGAUGCAGAUCGAGCGGAUGAAGAUGCAGGAGAUUAGAACAGCUCUGACACUUUAUAUGUGUUUGGUUCAAAAACCUGAAAAUUUGAUUAAACACGUGCGACAUCGUGAAACUGUUAUUUCGAUAUUGGACUGCGCCAGAAAACUUAGAUUACCACCUUUUUAUGUGUCUACAGUGGAGUAUAAUCUAAAUAGAACCCUGAAUAUGAUUAUACGUUGACGUAUUGCUGCAUGAUCAUGAUAUUGUUAAUACUCUGUGAUUUCAUUUCCCUUAAAAACUGUCUUCUUAUUCCUACGAGUUUUAUAAGAAUUUAUGAAUCACAUUGUAUUAUUAUGUGCAAGUAAUGAAUUUAUUAUCAUUCAUUUAACAAUAUUUGUUAAUUAAUAUUUAUUGACUUUUGGAUAUACAGCGUUAAUUUCCAAAGAUUUGCAUUUGGCAUAGUAAAUGUAUAAUAAUAUGUCACAUUGUCGCUAAUUUUACGUAUCUCCUUUCAUUUAAGUGAACCAAACACUUUUUCUAAAUCUAUCUUCAUUAUAAUUGCAAGUCUCUGUCUUAUCAAGUUAUUAUACAGGUACAUACAGGGUGUUUAGCUAUAUAGAUAAUGGAUGGUAUACCAGGUUGGAUUCCGCUUCUCUUUUAAAUAAAUCGAAUUAGCAGUUGUGCCUGACAAUUGAACUUUCUUUGUUCUUUGUUCUAAUAUAUUUGUUUAUGAUCUCAAACUUUUUGUAGUAUAUAUUUAUAUUGAUAUAGUUAUAUUAUUCAUGAAAAAUAUUGUCAGUCGAAAUUUCUACUUUCAACAAUCAACAUAACUAUCAACUUCUCAACUGAUUAACCGUGAAUAUUUCGAAGUUUUUAUUAGAUUAUAAGUUUAAUUAAAAAUUGUUUUUUAUUAAAUUAUAUUGCAACGAAUGAGUCAAAAUUACUCAUAGUAUUUUAUAAUUCAAUAAAUUUAUAAUUCUCUUCAAUAUUGAUGACGUGUAUUCGAAGUUAAAUUUUGUAGUAGAUAUCAAAAAUAUGUUGAGUUAAACUGUCAGGCGCAUUUGAAAAAGAAAAAAAGUAAAAUUAACUUUAUGCGCUACACGUUACUUACAUAGCUAAUCAUUUAAAAGUCUGUUGUAAUUAAUUUUGAAAUUAUCGCUAGAUUGGCAAUUCAAAGCAUACAGUUGUUUUAUGUUUGUACUGCAUUUUAUAAUUAUUAUAUUUUGUGUAUAAUAAUUUGGACUUGAUUCAAGCAUGAAACUAAAUAUUAUUUAACAGAAAAAUAAGAGAUUAGCGUGCGAAGCGCGCUUGACGACACUAGUUACAUACAAAUAAUGCAUGCUGUCACAUAAGAUACGGCCACAUAUGCGCGUUCAGACGCGUUAAUGCAACCGCGUAAAAAUUACUAAAAGUAC